AUGAGGGCUUGGCUUGCCGAGCAGGAGGCUGUGGAGAAGGCGCUGCAGACCAAGGUGGGGCAGCACCCGCAGGAGAUUGGAUCCUUGCGGGAGAAGCAGGAGGCCGCGCGGCUCCGCGGUGUCGAAGCCAAAGUCGCCGCGGCUGAGGCGAGGCAGAGGGCAGAGGAGUCCAGGAGUGUCAUCCCCUUGUACAAGAAGCAGCGGGAGGAGAUCUUGGAAGAGAUCCGCGAUGUCAUCAUACAGGACGACCUGGCGAAGCAGGAACUUGAGAAGGUUCAGGGGACUCUCCUUGCAAAGCAGCACAAGGACUUGACCUUGAACUUCACCAGCUCUGGCGUGAGGCUUGGAGGUAGUUAA